AUGCAGAAGUCGCGGAUUACUGCGGAGGAAGCACUAAAUCACUGCUACCUGGAGGAGGCACGACUACGAUAUCACUCAUGCAUGUGCACCUGUUGCCACGAUGUGCCGGUGACCCCUACAAGUACUCAAGGAAGCAUGAACAGUCCCGGUGGAAUGAGCGACAACGGGUCGCUCUCCUCGGCACCCGUCACACCCACCAGUUCUAUAUCUUCAGCGGCCUCCUCGGCCUCUACCUCGCCCAUCGACACUCCUGGCAAGCAGCAACAACAGCGUCCAGCAGGAGUUCUUACUCGCCGCAAGUUUUGCCGUAAUCUCGAUCCUACAGCCAACUUCCUGCUGCCCCUUGACCUCGACUCGCACUUUAAACGCCUCUCUGAUGCCAAGCGCAUUCUCUGGGACACGUUGCAGGAGUAUCACCACCGUGAUGCUCGGAGUGCAAAGUUGAUUCUCAAUAAGAAUGCAGCUAACUAUCGGGCUCUUGUCACGUAA